AUGGGUGUCAAACACCCUGCAAAUAUUAUAAACUUUGCCAAACAACGCACCCUCAACACACCAUUGUUAGCCUUGCUAAGGGUGGCCAAGGCGACAGCUGGCGCCGCCAAUAAGCUGUCAAAGAUCAAGGUAGUGAGGCUCUCCAUAGCCCAAGUGCUUACCGUGAUUUCUCAGAAGCAGAAGGCCGCUCUCAGGGAAGCUUACAAGAAUAAGAAGUACUUACCUCUGGAUCUCCGCCCUAAGAAGACCCGCGCCAUUCGCAGGCGCCUCACAAAGCACCAGGCAUCUUUGAAGACUGAAAGGGAGAAAAAGAAAGAGAUGUACUUCCCAUUGAGAAAGUACGCCAUCAAAGUUUAAGCUGAUUUAUGCUGGAAGAGAUUUUGGUACUUCAUCUUUGUUAUCUUGGAGGAUUUUUCAUGUUGGAUGGACUACUAGUUAGGCUGAAAUGUUAUGGAUUGAGAUCAUUUUUUUCGAGUAUCAUUAUUUCUCCUCAACUAAUGAUUAGUUAAGUCCUUAUUUCACACAUGACAUGGAAUGUGAAUGGUUUCUUCCUUUUA